UAAAAAAUCAAGAUCAAGGUCAUGUUUUAAUCUCAAAAAUACGGAUUAAGAGGAUUAAGAUUUGGUUUUAUCAUUUGCAAUAUCAUUUUUUAUUUUAACUUUUAAACUUCUGAUUUAUUAUAUUUUUAUGUUUAUGAUGUGUUUGUACACGAUAAUAUAAUUAAUAUAAUUUGCGAACAAUAGUCGCGAUGAGCGGACAAAUAAUAUAUACCAAUUCUAGAAAUUCAAACGACGAUCUAAUUUGGCCAUUAAUACGUAAAUAGCCAUAAAUCAAAAAAGGGUGAUAAUAGCAAAACCAUAAAUUAAUAAAUUAACUCAGAUUAAUUUGUCGUUAUAAAAACAUUAUUUUUUUGAAAUCGUUAGUAUGAAAAUAAAAAUGUUCAAGUUAACUAUCGUUACAUUGUUCCUUUUAUUGGGAAUUACAUUUGGCGAUGAAAAUGUGAAGUUUAUUUAUUAUUCCCGAUCGGGAGCAGCGUCCGUACAACUUCAAACCAUCGAUAUUAACACCGCUGAUAUCGACGCUGGAAAAAAUGUAAAAAUUAUUUGUCAUGGUGCUUUUACAGACAGUAAUGCAGAUUGGUAUAAUCCGAUGAUCAAUGCUUAUUUGGAUAAAGGAUAUCAAGUUAUUGCCAUUGAUUGGGGGAAAUAUGCUAAAAAUAUAUUGCAAUUCGUUAGUAAAUCUGAUCAUGUAGGAAACUUAGUUGGUGAAAUGAUUGUAAAUAUACACAAGACUAAAGGAGUUGACUUGAGUAACGUUCAUUUGAUUGGUCAUUCUAUGGGGGCUCAUGUUUCCGGAUAUGCAGCACGUUUUGUUUUUAGCCAAACUUCCUCACGUGUUGGCAGAAUAACCUCUUUAGAUGGUGCUUCAAAAACUGUUAUUCUUGGAAAAACCGCUUUAUCUCCAUCAGAUGCGGACUUUGUCGAUUCUAUCCAUACAAGUUUUACCGAUAAAUACGGCUCGGUUUCUUUCUUCGUAAACGGUGCUGUAGAUCAACCCGGAUGCGGUUCUUUAGAAAUUGAUUGUGGUCAUAAUAGAGCUCCAACUUACUACGUUGAAAGUAUAAACAGCAACGGAUUCGUAGCUGCAAAAUGCGAAAAUUGGUCGACUUUUACAUCCGGAUCUUGCGAUGGAAACGAAAAAGUUAUUAUGGGGGCUUAUACUCCUUCCUCAUCUUCUGGGGAUUAUUAUUUACGUACCAACAGCCAGUCUCCAUUUGCUUUGGGUUAA